CAAACAUUUAUUGAUAUAUUUAUUUUUGUUGUUUGGAAUUUGAGUUUUCUCUGUUCUCUGGAUUUGGAUUACUCGAAGAAGGUUAAUGGCAUCUCCAUCAUCGUCACCGAAAACGAGAAUCUGGUUCCGUACAGUGAUCCUGAUCUCUUUAAUGGUGGUUCUCUUCUAUGUUGGUCGUCCUCUUUACUGGAAGAUCUCCGCCACAAUCCACGAUAUCCGCCACAACAAACAAUCGGUCAGAGAAGGUAUAUCGCAGAUCGUACACGAAGCGCAGAGAUCGGUCGGAUGGUAUCACGACGAGUCAGAUUCAGGGUUCCGGGAAGGUCACCACAAGAAAUCAGGAGUCGCCGUAUCUAGGAGGCUUCUCUUUGUUGGAGAUCACAGGGAUAUAUUUUGAUGUUUUUGUGCGGGAUAGAUCUUAUCCAAUGAUGAUGGAAGCAAAAAAAAAGAGAAAAAAAAAAUACUAAUAAUGUAUGGCUGUAUGCAAAAGGAUAGAUGUAUAUGUAUGAUUUUCAUCUUGGUGGAGACAAAUGUAAGUUGUUUAGUGAUGAUAUAGACGUAAGCACUUUGGUUAUUCAAGUA